CUUUAUGAGCAGCCGAGCUCAGUGCUGGAGGAAAGCAUCUGCACGGGCCUGCUAAUGCUCCCACCUCUUCCUGUAAAGUAGUCUGGCAGGCAGAAUGUGUUUCAGGUGGAAAGUUGAGGAACGUCAUUGCUCAGAUAGUUUUUCAGCCACGGUGUCGCUACCUUCUUAGACGCACAUCGAAAAAGGGCCGUAAGGCUGUGUAAAUAUAGCUGUGGCGACCAGGCUGGUCCAGACAUGUGUUCGCUGAUGCACCCAGGGCCAUGUAGGCCAGUCAGCCCCUCAGCACUGACACGGUUUUUGAUCCCAUGUGGGGUUAUGAGAGAGUCUUAGAUAGAGUUUCCCCCGCGCCCCCAGUGUUAUUAAUAAACACAAAGUGUGCCUGUGUUUUCCUGGAGACAGACACACUGCUGAGCUGCCCUUAAAGCUAAAAGCAAACUGUGUCCAUAGCUGUCUGCACCAUCUAUCUGGACAAACUCAUGGACAAUCAUGGAUCAACAGAGGAUGGAAGAGACGUGGCAUCUACUGAGGACUCACCCAUGGAGCUUAGAUUUGUUGGGGAGAUCACAGAAAGUAGCCAUACUGACUCUGAAACGGAGACAGUCAUUUCCCUAGAUGACUGUACACAGCACCCUGCAAUGCAAAUGGACCAGGCGGUCUUGGAAAACUUGGGGCAGCUUUUCGAGCACUGCAUCCAGCAAGUGUCCCGUCUAGAGAAACAGAGGGACAAGCUUAUACAGGAGCUCCUGUGUCUGCAGGAACCCAUGCUGCAAGUUGUGGAGUACCUGAGAGGGAAGGUGGUGGAGGCACAGAGGCGACUCACUCUGGCUCAGCUGGAUUACAUGGCUGUGUAUGAGGAAGUGCAGCAGGUGAAGAGGAAACUGUUUGGCACAGCCAGAGACUGCAUCCAGAGCGAGGUGACACUGGCUGCGCACGAGUACGAGGUGGCUCAGUCUGCUGUUACACAGGAGGAGCUCAAGGGCCACAUCCAAAAUCUGACUCAAGAGCUGUCCCACCUCCAGGAGGCCCAGAAAACCCAGCUCAGUGCCCUUAAGGGCCAGGUCAGUAAGCCCUGCAGGCCCAGGGCCAUGAGCGACGUCAGACUGUGCCGCCAGGCGUCCGCAAGACUGCAGCGGCGGCUCAGCGCUAGCGUGACAUCCUUGGAGGGCUGGUACGAACCUCGGCUUAUGGCCCUGCUGAAGAGGAGACAGGUUGGGGAAGAAGCCUUGAGAAAGAGCAGGGAGCAGACGAUGGCCCUGAGGGCCGGCGUGGGGCCCCUGAGAGAGGAUAUACAGAGAAUGGAGGCUCAGAGAUCCUGUCUGGAGCAGAGGAUCUCUCUGAUGGAGAGGGAGAGGGAGGAGAGCAGCACACAACACAAGGAGACUGUGGAGAAACUAAGAGAGACUCUGAGAGAACUAGAAGUGGAGUUUGAGAUUCAAAGAAAAUCUAAGAAAGAUUUGGAGGAUCUUAAAGAUGGCCUUUUAAUCGAGCUGACAUUUCUGAGAGGCUGUGAUGAAGCCAGCGAAACCACUGCAGAGGAAGAGCCCUAAUUUCCUAUAUGCAGUGGAUAUUCUUAACCAGGAUAUCUAUACCAGACUGAACCCUGGCAGUACAUUUACAUCAAACAGCUGAAAACUGAUAAUAUGCAGAACAAUUCAAACUUGGUAUUUAUUGGCUUUUAGAGAUUACUCUUACAUACAGCUUAAAAACCGACAUGCUGUACCGAGAUAAAAAGGCAAAAAGAUUUAAUGUAAAUAUUUUUAUUAUGAAUAUACUUAAGUACACAAGAGAUCAGAUGCAUCACAGAAAAAAAGCAGAGGGGAAAAGAAAAAAAAAAAAAAAAA